CCAAUUCAGACCACUCAUAGUUAAUGCAGGUGUAGGCUAUUCUAUUUAUUGAGCUAUAGGCCUAUGCAGUGUCCUUAUGUUUGUAUGUGUUGCCUAUCGAAGCUUAAAUUUACUCAACUAGUCUAUUAUGAAAUUGUCUCUUUUCAUCAUCCCAUAUGAUAAACGUCCGUGGUAGAGCAGUCGUUUAUGUCCCUCAGGUAGGAUGUUGCUUUUUACGCUGACUGAUGAGGACAGGGACAACUGAGUGACUGCGUCGUGUGGACCACGUGCUCUCUCUGGAUGUUUGCGGGACGGUGUUAUCUUUAUUUAGCAGGUCUCUCCCUGGAAGCGCAAGAGUGGCAUGAGUUUAGGACCUAAACUCUGAUUGAGAGGGGGAAUGAACAGCACUCCGCCUGGUUUACGGUUGCUCAGGCCUCCGACGGUGAUAGGCCAGUUCCACACACUGUUCUUUGGCUCUGUUCGGAUGUUCUUUCUGGGCGUCCUGGGCUUUGCAGUCUAUGGCAAUGAAGCUCUCCAUUUCAGCUGCGAUCCAGACAGGAGGGAGUUAAACCUCUACUGUUACAACCAAUUUAGGCCUAUAACACCUCAGGUAUUCUGGGCUUUGCAGUUGGUAACUGUUCUAGUCCCUGGAGCUGUAUUUCAUCUCUAUGCUGCCUGUAAAAACAUUGACCAGGAGGAAAUCCUUCAGAGACCUAUAUACACCGUCUUCUACAUCAUCUCUGUCCUACUAAGAAUUAUUCUGGAAGUCAUCGCUUUUUGGUUACAGAGCCAUCUCUUUGGUUUCCAGGUUCACCCACUCUACAUGUGUGAUGCCAGUGCCCUAGAAAAGACGUUCAACGUCACAAAAUGCAUGGUGCCAGAACACUUUGAAAAGACCAUAUUUUUAAGUGCAAUGUACACUUUCACUGUGAUCACGGUGCUGCUGUGUGUUGCUGAGAUAUUUGAGAUACUCUGUAGGAGAUUGGGUUAUUUGACCAAUCAAUGACCUGUGUGUUAUUUGCUACAGAGUAAUUGGUCAUAUUUCACAUUUCUGUGUGUCUUAUCCAGGCCGAAAACUACAUACCUCUGCUUUUUUUUGUUGGGAGUUGACACUCAAAGACACUUCUUUCCAUAAUCCCAUUGUUUAAGUCAAGUCACACAGAUUUAAACCUUAUUUUGUCAAUAGACUAAUGAUAUUGUUGUAUCGUAUGCAGCUUUCAAUCAUUGGCCCACGUAAGAAAGAAACUUGUUACCAGUCAUUCUAAUAUUUUCCACAUCCAUACUUUAGUCUUUGUACCAAGUGAAAGUACUAUAGCAUUGUUGUAGUCUUCUUAGGGGCCUAUAGACAAACCUAUAUCCCACAGUAAUGUAAUCUAAUUGUCCAGAAUAACAUAUGAACAAUGUCAUGUCAUCAAGGGUAACAUGCUGAUACCCUACGACACAAGGUGAAAAUUGGUCAUUUUAAGGCAUUGGACUAUACCUACAGAUGAAAAACGGCAGGAAAAAAUGUCACCUAAUGAAGCUUGGAUUUGAUUUCAAUAUUUGGCCCUUAUUAUUUUCAGGUCAUAAUAAAUUAUUAAUUGUA